AUGGGCAAGUCCGACAAUCUAUCCAUUUCACUUCCCAAAGGAGGGAUAAACCACACGAUCGAACCAUCACCACUACCCGGCGCAAAGAGCUCCAGACCCAACAUCAAGGACUGCGACCCUUUGAUCAAAGGCGACCUUGACGAAUACCUCUCCAGCUCUGCGAAACCAUUUACACGCAAAGUAACACUAAAUUUCUCGCGCGUCUCGCGCCACUUCCACGGCUGGCGCACAGGCGCUCUGAUCUCAUCUUUCCUCGCAGGCUUCUCGCUGCUCAUCAACAUCGCCGUCGCGGCAUGGCUAGGCACGCGCUCCGUCAGCUCGGGUCUCGGUGUAGUCUCAAUCUUCACUGGAGACUGUGGGACCGUGCAGACUAUGGAUCUCUGGGUGCAUUUAGCUAUCAACAUCCUUAGUACCCUGUUGCUCGGGGGUUCGAAUUAUUGCAUGCAGUGUUUGAGUGCGCCAACGAGGAUGGAUGUCGAUGCUGCGCAUAAGAAGGGGAAGUGGCUUGACGUUGGUGUGCCGAGUGUGAGGAAUCUCGGCGCAGUGCCUUGGUAUAAAACUUUCUUGUAUAACUCGGCUUUUUACAAAUCAUUGGCAACGAACGACUACGACAUCUUCGUGGUGCAGCAAGGUUUCCUUGAUGGUGGCAGGUUCGACACCGAGGGGAUUGUCGUGCAAAAAGGUUCCCUCGAUCCUACUAUAAUCCAACAGGGCCUGACUAUCCCGGGUCGUUACGAACGACUAGAGAACGCCGAUUGCAUCAAAGCUUAUGCAACGGACAUCAACAGUGACAGGAGAAAUGUGGUCCUUGUGUCUACCAACUCGACACCGGAUAUCACAACCCUGCUGCACGUCGAACAUUAUAGCUUUGGGCUUUCGGUCGGGCCUCGUGGGUUGUACAAACCUUAUGGAUGGAUCUGCGACGACAUCGACCUCCCGGACGACCUCGCUGUGAAGCUAGGAUUGACGUUCACAGGUUACGAGACUCCCAUCAACGUGUGCGACAAGCUGGCACCCAGAAUUGCCAAUGAGAUCGCCAACCAAUGGACCUUCAAAACAUUUCCAGUGGCUUUCUGCAUGAGUGAGAUCGUCCCAGAAACGUGCAGCUACUCUGGAAAUGUACCGAUUGUGAGCGUGGUCAUCAUCUGCAACGCAAUCAAGGUAGGGGUGAUGCUGUUCGUCGCCUUGUGUCUUCGCGAUGAUCCGCUGAUCACAAUUGGCGAUGCAAUCGAAUCUUUCCUCAAUCAUACAGACGAAACGACCAAAGGGCAUUGUCUGGAUUCAAAGAGAGAUGUAAUUCGAAAUAGACGAUGGGGGCUUGACCAGAGAUUCGAUGCUAAGGUCUGCGACUUCAAGACCCGGAAGUGGCGUUCAGCGGUAUCUGGAAGGCGUUGGGCGCUGGUAGUGGGAUCUUUGGCCUUCGCAAUCAUCGUUGUCUCGGUACUCCUCACGUUGGCUAUCAAGGUGAUAGGACAGACAGCCCAAUCGAUCUGGACCAUUGGACUCGGUAAAGUCAAUUCGGCCGCCAUCAUAAGAGGUUGGGAUCUCAGCACCUACGGGACUGAGACAGAGAGAAUUGUGAAAGCAAUCCUCGUUGCCAACACACCGCAAGCUGUUUUUUCCUUCAUCUACCUUCAGAUCAACGGACUGCUUACCUCAAUGUGGCUUUCCGACGAGUGGAAGGGAUUUGAAUUCUCACGGAAAACCCUUCGUGUAUCAAAGCCCAAAGGAGAUCAGCGAAGCAAGCACUUUCUACAGCUCCCUUAUCGCGCAGCAAUACCGAUGCUGGUGGUGGGUGGCCUGAUGCAUUGGCUACUGUCUCAGUCGAUCUUCCUCGCCGUCGUUGCAGAAUACCGCAAUGACGGAGAGUUAGUCAACCCGACAACAGUCGGAACCUGCGGAUUCUCACCGCUAGCAAUAAUAUUUGUGAUCGCGUCCUGUGGGUGCCUCAUGAUUGGCGUCAUCGCACUGGGUCAGAGGAAUUUUAAGGGAGGAAUGCCACUGGCAGGUAGCUGCAGCGCGGCUAUCUCAGCUGCUUGUCAUCCUCUGGACUGGGAUAAAGAUGCUUCUAUGCAACCUGUCCAGUGGGGUGUUGUUCAAGAUUCGUUCUCUAAUGGAGGUGUCGGCCAUUGUUCGAUCACGAGUGCUGCCGUCGAGUCUGUGCAACAAGGAGAAAAGUAUGCUGGGGCAACUCACAUAACAAUAUAG